AUGGAGAAUCAACCGCAGCGCACUUCUCGCGAGCUCUCCAUUGGCAUUAAAGUAGAAAUUGUUCGACAGCUACAGCCAUAUUUCAACAAGGGAAAGCUAAUGCACGGUGCCAUGACCAAAGUUGCACUCCAGCUCGCAAUCACGCGCCAAACAGUUGUCCACGUAUGGCGGACGUUUCGCAACCGUGGCAGCAUCAAGUCGAGUAAGGCAGGCAGGGUCGGCAAGAAGAUCGUGCAAACAGCCAACGAAAUCCAAGACCUCAGUCGCGCGGUACCUGACGACAGACGCUCGACCAUGCGAGACCUCUCGGCUGCAACUGGUGUGUCCAUGGGAACACUGAGCUGCCAUCUCAAGAAUGGAACCAUUCAACGACACUCGUCCCGAAUCAAACCUCUCCUGUCGAAUGAGAACAAGCUGGAGCACCUCCCAACUUGGAUCUCCUCUGGAAUGUCGUCCACCUGGACGAAAAGUGGUUCAAUGCUGACAAGGACCGACGCAAGCAUUACCUGGUGCCAGGUGAGCUUCCUCGACCGCGUGCAUGGAAAAGCAAGCGAUUCAAACCAAGGGUCAUGUUCCUCGCUGCCGUAG